AUGGAGGCAAUUCAAUUGUGGGUUUCCAAGCACAAACUAGCCACAGUUGGGGGACUGUGGGCCUCUGGGAUUGGGGCAUCACUUGUGGCUAAUUCACGUACAAUGUCUCCAAUGAAGCCUAGUCUUAGACUAAUCCAUGCCAGAUUGCAUGCCCAAGCGUUAACACUCGCAGUUUUGUCUGCUGCUGCGGCUUAUCGCUACUACGACAAUCGUGCUUCUGGCCCAAAACCACAGGCCCACGCUCCUUCUUCCACUGUGGCCCAGCUAGCUGAAUGGGAGCUCCAAAGUCCUUUCUAA